GGACUUUUGCUCGAUCCGCGAUGUUCGAAAAUCUCGAAAAUAACAUUCAUAUAGGUACUCGGCGAUGAUGGGUAUUCGUACUCGUCCGUAUUACGGCGAACGACAGAAGUUCAUUCGAAUUUGUUCGGAUUUUUCAGCUGAACCUUUGCGCACGAUUGUUCUUCACCUUCGUCUCGUGUCUUCAUUUGAGAACUCGGGAUCUAUUACGAGCACGAAGACCCAGGGCCUUCUGAUCACAGUUUUAUACGGUGGAUUGGAGAGUACACGGAUGAGUCUUGAGUUGCAGGUUUCAGGGGCAUUCGACAUGCAAUCUACGUGGUGACUGAUGCUUGACACACACACACAAAAAUACCUCUUACUAGGAUUCAUGUCUAUUCAUGGUUUGUCGGUUUACACGAACUACAGAGCCAGCGGCCAUUUGAAGAGUAUUCGACAGUUGGUUAGCAUCAAAUCUUGAUGCGGCCGUCUGCAACGGAAAAUCGUAUCAACAGCAUUUCGAACAUGUGGGCCGUAUUAUCCGCCCUGCUUAUCUGGACCAUCAUCGUAUGUGGGAAGGAUACAUAUAUCGGGAUCAUCCUCUUUCCUGGUGCUGCCACCUCUCCCCCUUUCUUCCCGAUUUCUCCCUUUUGCGAUGAAUUUCUUCCAAGAGGCUACUGGGGUCUCGAUUGGGAAGGGCACAUUCAAUGCCAUUCAAGGAAACCAGACGAAUCAUAUAUACUAUCAAAUGGUUCAGCAACAGGAGAAGGAGCGUACGGUAUACGACGAGUUUCCUGACAUCCGACGGGGACUUGUUCACAGACUUUGGGACCUUCAUCGCGAGGAUUCCUUCAUACGCUGGAAUUACAGGUUAAGGAGAUUCGAAAGAGAGUUUAGUGUUGAAAGAAUAAUUAGCACUGCCGUGAUUAAUGGCGAUAGCUCCAAGUUUACAGUGGUGUCGUAUAAAGGUCGGGAUGCGGUCAAGGCUUGGAAAAAAGACUUUCAGUACUUCUCUGAAACUGCGGAUGCGCGGAACAUGCAACUGUUCGGCAUCAAUCAGUCAAGUAUUCCUCUAUUAAUAUUUUAUGGAGAGCUUUUACCUCUUGCUCAUUGUUGGGAUAGACUCGGACAGUUGGGGCGAAGUUACGCUACCACGUUGGCCUUCAGAAUGAAAUGCAAUCGAUCCGCGAUGUGGAUAGAUCCCAAGCAAGGAAAACUGAUAUGUGGACUGGAGGGGCCUGAUCACGAUAUGCGACAUGUUGGCUUCUUGAACAUCAAGACUCUCCCAUCGAACGUCGAACUUCUCCAGGACGAUGCUUGCUGGCGCUACUUUUCUCAGUUGCCGUUGGAUAAGGAAUUCGACAGAGAUGUCAUUGCUAUCCUGCACUACACAUCCGAGGGGACAGAAAACGUGUCCAUCGCUACUAGUCGACCUUACGUCGUUUCAAGUCCGGAUAUGUCCGUAAUCGCAGUUGGAAACGGAGCCUGGACGCAGCUCGGAUGCCUUGCCUCACGAGUAGUGAUGCCGGAUGGAAGAACGAGAUUCCUCCUUAGUCAGAAGGACUCCUGUUUCCAGCUAUACUCCAAUCCGAUUUCCGAUAAUGAAUGUGCUUGGCUCGCACAGUCUUCAAGCGUGUUCCACAAGCACAAGAUCUCGUGGCAUGAAGAUCUCUCACAGUAUAAGUUCAUCAAGCCAUACAUACGGUUGAGAGGAACAUUUGAGCGUUCCGAAAUCAAACGGCAACGACGUCUGGACGGUCCGCCCAUCUACUUUCUUCUCGAUCCUCUCCACCUCUUUCCUGUCCUUAAAAUGGGCUCCGCUGUGUCCCCCCACACUUGGUCUUUCGAUAAGAAUGGACGAACUCCAAUCCCACAUCAUCACUGCAAGUACCUCGGUCUACCCACUGAACUAAAGGUGGAAGAACUACUGACAAGCUACAAAUACUCUUGGCCGACGGAGACAUACGAGACCAUCCACCGGUGGCAGAUCGCCAGAGGUUUCGAUCCAACCACGACCGAUUUUGCGCGUUACCUCGGAUGUCCCAUUUAUGAGGCCACACCAACAGAGUCAGUCCGAUUUGAAGAAUUGAGUACAGAAGAGGGCGCCGAUGAAGAUUUAUCUAUUACAUCGUGUGUUGCAGACAAACUGCCCCGAGAUUGUCGACAAAAGUCCGUGCUUCGCUCAAUCUGGUCCACGCUCACAGCUCCGCUCACAUACGCUGCGUGCGAGGCUCAGAUAUCCCGACGGUCAUGAUUCACUGGAUCCUCGUGUCAUAUUCGGAUGAAUGUGUUAGUUGCACCGUUUUACAACCGAGAAGGGCUGUGAUCCACAAAACCAUUAAAACUGGACAGGCAAGGGACGACACUCUGUUCCCUCGACUUCGCCAAAGUUGCCACGGCCCUUUGAUAAUUAUGACUUGCAAGACUUUUGCUAUCGGGAUUCUCAGGGUGGAGGCCGAGGCCGAGGGCCCGAAUUAUCUGGAUUAAUGUUUCUGGUUUAGAAUAAAUCUGCAAUGCCAUACAAAUUUGAACAAA